ACCUCGCGCACACUGGAGGCGGGGUCUGUGGCGUUUGGCCGCCGUCACUUCCAGUGGACCCGGAAGCGCUGCUGUGUCGGCGGCCAGGGUUGUUAGGAAAUCGUGAUGGACCCGAGCUUAGUGUGAACCCUGGGCCGAUCCUGGGCCGAGGUGGGCGGGCCUGGGUUGCGGUGGCCAGCGGAGCGGCUGGGGCGGAGCGGCCCCUGGGCCGGUAUUGGAGAGCCGUGGCUGAGCGCUUCUGCGGGGCCAGCGUUGCCCCGCCCCCAGGUUGGAACCGGCUUCCACCUUCCGCCAGGCUCUGCAACGCUUUUGCUUGGCCACCGCGGCCCCUCAACCCGCCCGGACAGCUGGGGGUGCGCCCUGCGGCCAGACGGUCCUCUCCGCUUCACUUCUAGAUGUUAUUGCUGCUCUGUCCAGGGCUGCCAGAACGCUGACGUGGAGCAACCCACUCCAGAACCCCCAUGGAGAAGUUUGGGAUGAAUUUCGGGGGCGGCCCAAGCAAAAAAGACCUGCUGGAGACCAUAGAGACACAGAAAAAGCAGCUUCUCCAGUACCAGGCAAGGCUCAAGGAUGUGGUCCGCGCCUACAAAAGUCUGCUGAAGGAGAAAGAGGCCCUGGAGGCCAGCAUCAAGGUACUGUCGGUAUCCCACGAGGCGGAUGUAGGCCUUGCAGGUGCGCAGCCUCCAGGCCUCACGUUUCCUGACUCUGUGGAUGAUCGGUGCUCCACUCACAGUGAGGAUAGCACCGGAACGGCCACUAGCUUGGAUACUACAGCCAGUCUCACGAGUAUCAAGGGUGAGUUCGGGGUCGAAGAUGACAGAAUGGCCCGUGGACCACUCCCUGCAAAGGCCGAAGAGGCCAGUGGGUCAGAGAGUGGCGUUAGUAGUAGCAGUGGGGAUGGGCCGUCUGCAGGUAGUGAGAUGGACAAAAGACUACAUCAGCUGAAGACUCAGUUGGCUACUUUGACCAGCUCCUUGGCCACAGUCACCCAGGAAAAGUCCCGCAUGGAGGCAUCUUACCUGGCGGACAAGAAGAAGAUGAAACAGGACUUAGAGGAUGCCAAUAAAAAGGCAGACGAAGAGAGGGACCGUCUGGAGGGAGAACUGAAGGGGUUGCAGGAGCAGAUAGCAGAAACCAAAGCCCGGCUGAUCACACAGCAGCAUGAUCGUGCCCAGGAGCAGAGCGACCAUGCCAUGAUGCUGCGUGAACUACAGAAGCUGUUGCAGGAGGAACGGACUCAGCGCCAGGACCUGGAACUUCGGUUAGAAGAGACCAGGGAAGCCCUGGCCGGGCGGGCGUAUGCAGCUGAUCAGAGAGAAGGGUUUGAACUGCAGACCAAGCAGCUGACCCGUGAGGUAGAGGAACUGAAAGGUGAGCUGCAAGCCAUUCGAGAUGAGAAGAACCGACCAGACCCCCGGCUGCAAGAGCUUCAGCAAGAGGCGGCCCGUCUUAAAAGCCAUUUCCAGGCUCAGUUGCAGCAAGAAAUGAGGAAGACAGCCCUUGCGGAGGACCAGCUUCGCCAGCAGUCCCAGGUCGAAGAGCAAAGGGUAGCAGCCCUGGAACAUCAAAUCGCUGAGGUGUCUGAACUGCUGGGCACCUACGAGAAAGCCAAACAGAAAGACCAGCUGGCCAUCCAGAAGCUGAAGGAGCGGAUUGUGCAGCUGGACCUGGAGAACAAAACACUGGCCCUUGCCGCCUCUAGCCGGCCCUUGCUCGACAGCCACGGGGAUGAAUCCAAUCUGGAUGUCAAUGUCUUGAAGGAUAAGAUGGAGAAGCUCAAGAGACUCCUGCAGGUCGCAGCUAGGAAAAGCCAGGUGACCCUGGAUGUGGAGAAGCUCUGUGACCCUGAGAUAGUGCCCAGCUCUGAGGCUGCUGACGGGGAAAAGGCUACUGCGCUCUACUACCAACAGGAGCUGAGGCAGCUGAAGGAGGAGUUUGAGCGUUACAAGAUGAGAGCCCAGGUCGUGCUUAAGAGCAAGAGCACCAAAGAUGGGAACCUGGCGAAGGAGCUGGAGGCAGCGCAGGAGCAGCUCGCUGAGCUGAAGGAGAAGUAUAUCUCCCUGCGGCUGUCCUGUGAGGAGCUUGAAAGCCAGCACCAGCAGGAGGCCGAGCACUGGAAGCAGGAGCUGGCCCGGCUGCAGCAGCUCCACCGGCAGGAGCUGGAACACAGCCAGCUGGACUUCAGGGACCGCACACUCAAACUGGAGGAGGAGCUGCAUAAGCAGCGGGACCGGGCCCUGGCUGUGCUGGCUGAGAAGGACUUGGAGCUGGAGCAACUGCGCUCUGUGGCCUUGUCCUCUGGGUUGCCGGGACGCAGAAGCCCUGUGGGUGGAGUGGGUGGUGUGGGUGGUGUGGGUGGUGGAGGUCUUGGGGACGCGGCCGACACAGCGUCCUCGGAAAGCCUGACCCAAGCCCUGCAGCUCGCUGCGGCCAGUGAGCCCACUUUCUUCCUUUAUGCUGAGCAGUUGGCCCGAAAGGAGGUGGAGAUCACAUCCCUGAGGAAGCAGAAGCACAGGCUGGAGGUGGAGACCCACCAGCUGCGGGAGCGGCUGCUGGAAGAGGAGGAGCGGCACCGAGAGGAGGUCGGAGCCCUGCAGAGCCACAUCGAGAAGAACAUGAGGGACCAGAGCAGGGAAGGAGCCAACCUGGAGUAUCUCAAGAACAUCAUCUACCGCUUCCUCACCUUGCCAGACAGCCUGGGCCGCCAGCAGACGCUCACCGCCAUCCUCACGAUCUUACACUUCAGUCCCGAGGAGAAACAGGAGAUAAAGCGGCUCCCGAGUGGUGGGAGCUGGUGGCCUUCUGGCAAGAGAUGAUACCUUCUCCCAA